AGCGCUGACGGCUGCGGGCGGUGGCCCUAAGGCGGCGGCUUCGGGGUAGGGUCCCGGCCCGGAGUGGCGAUGCUGCAGCUGCGGGACUCGGUGGACUCCGCGGGCACGAGCCCCACGGCCCUGCUGGCGGCCGGCGAGGACGUGGGGUCGGGCAGCGCGGGCGGGGCCCGGGCAGGGGUGGGCACGCCACUGCGCCAGACGCUGUGGCCGCUCAGCGUCCAGGACCCCACGCGCCGCGCCCGCGUCAAGGAGUACUUCGUGUUCCGGCCCGGCACCAUCGAGCAGGCCGUGGAAGAGAUCCGCGCCGUUGUCCGGCCCGUGGAGGACGGCGAGAUCCAGGGGGUGUGGCUGCUGACCGAGGUGGACCACUGGAACAACGAAAAAGAGCGUCUGGUGUUGGUCACUGACCAGUCGUUGCUCAUCUGUAAGUACGACUUCAUCAGCCUUCAGUGCCAGCAGGUGGUCAGGGUGGCACUCAGUGCAGUGGACACCAUCUCCCACGGAGAGUUCCAGUUUCCCCCCAAAUCUCUCAACAAGCGAGAAGGCUUUGGGAUUCGCAUCCAAUGGGACAAGCAGAGUCGUCCUUCUUUCAUAAACAGAUGGAACCCCUGGUCCACAAACGUGCCCUACGCCACUUUCAUAGAGCACCCAAUGGCUGGUGUGGAUGAAAAGACGGCUUCUCUGUGCCAGUUGGAAAGCUUCAAGGCUCUGUUAAUCCAAGCUGUCAAAAAAGCCCAAAAAGAAAGUCCUCUGCCAGGACAAGCAAAUGGUGUGCUGGUCUUGGAGCGGCCCCUGCUCAUCGAGACCUACGUGGGAUUGAUGUCCUUCAUCAACAACGAGGCCAAACUGGGUUAUUCCAUGACCAGAGGCAAGAUUGGCUUCUAGACAGCUCAGCGUGGAGCCAUCCCCAAGGAAAGCCUUGUUGAGGGGAACUCGGGAAUGCGGGAGACCUCAAGCCAGCCCGCUGCUACUGGAGGGAGGACCGGGGUGGCCACCUUUGGGGAUCUGAUGUUAUUAGCAUGGUCCAGUGAAUUCCUUAGUGAGCUACAGAGAGGGGCAGAGAGACGUAGCUGACCCCGUGCUGCUGCCGUUCGUGUCCCCUCAAGUGCCCAUUAGCUUCUUGUGGUUUCUUGCCCAGCCCCUGCAGCAUGCUUCGAGUCUGUGGGCGCAUCUGCGUGCCUCGCUGUGUAGACCUCAGUACGGGGAGGAGCCUGGCAUCUCCAGUGCCUGCACUUGCACAUGUGUUUACACUCAUGUUAAAUUUUGUAUUUUUGAAAUUUUAUCCAUUUUUUUAAGCAAAAUACAAAGCAGCCUACAGACUGGUCACAGCAGUCUGUGCCUUGUCAGAGCCUAGCGGACAGUUGUUUUUUGUAAAUAUGGUUGACCUACAGUUGUAUGUUUUCUAAAAUUAAUCCAAGUUGUUAAUACUUUUUCCCCAGGCCCAAAAAAGUUUACAGAGAAUCAUUUAACACAAUUUGUUGAGGAAUUGCACAUAAUUUUGACAACUAUAGGUAUCCUAAGCUUUUGUUAUUUUGUUCAUGUUUAAAAGGRAAAUCGGUAGUUUGCUCUUUAAAGGAUGCACUUUAAAGCAAGGACGUGUUAGAUCCCCAGAGACUGCCACCCUGGCUCCUGCAGCCCGUAGGUUCCAGGUGCCAUCAGACUCCCAGCCCACGCCUAGUGGGGCUGCAGCACUCGCGACUUGAGCGCUGGCUCCUCAGUCUCCUCCUCCUCACUUACAGCUCUGUCAUGGCUUUACGCUUGCUGGCACGAUGCGACCGGGACACGUGGCCUGUCCAGAGGAAGGCUGUCUCAAAGCACCCAGGUCUUCAGCCUGCUCUUGCAGUCUUGUAGUAAAGAU